UUUAAAUCAUUAAUAAAAUGCGGUCAAAUUUGAUGAACGAAAUGGCACCUUGAUUUCAACGCCCUGGACCCAGAAUUCCCUCAAAUAACAACACCACACAACACAAAAGAAACAUUUUUCAUUCCUUCCAGGUUCCUGAACGUCUUCUACUCUUACCAGAAAAUAAUGUCCUCUUCUCCACCUCAGAUUGUCCUCACCAGCUCCCCUGACGGCCCCAUCACAGCCUAUGAUGCUGCCUCCGGUGCCGUUCUAGCUCGCUUCUCCUCCAGCCGGUCACCACGCAAUGGCCUCACCCUUAUUGGGAACUCAUUCAUCGCUGCAUCUCAUGUAUCUCCGGAAACAGGUUCAGGUUCCAUUCACCUCUACAAUUGGUGGUCGUUGACAGCCUUACACAACCUCCCAUUGCCUGAACCUGUUGCUCCAUUAGUGGCCAGUCCAGAUGGAUUGUACUUAUUUGCUGGUGGCCUCUCAGGGAAAAUCUAUACACUCCUAAUCCCUUCGGGGGAAUUACUCCAAUCAUAUUCUGCACAUAACAAGCCUGUCUCUUGCCUCAGAGUAAACGAAGAUGGCUCGCUUCUGAUUUCAGGUGGAGAUGAUGGAACCAUUGCUUUUGUUCCAAUCUUCCAACUCGUGGAGGCACAAAAUGAGCAGAAUCCAACCAGGUUAAUGGUGCAGAGAUUUCUUGCCCAUGAUGGGUCAGUGACAGCAAUAGCUUCUUCUGUGGGGCUGUGCAGUAAUACAAUAAUAACAACCUCUUUAGACUGCACAUGCAGAUUCUGGAGAGUAGCAGAUAGAGAAUACCUGAUCAGAACAGUGAGAUUCCCUUGUGCAAUCAUGGGUGUUGCAGUUAAUCAAACACACACAGAACUAUAUGCUGCAGGCUCAGAUGGCUCAAUCUAUAAAGAAUCAUUUAAGGUUAGAAGCCAGAAGGAUAUGAACCAAUCACCAGAAUUAAUCAGAUGGCCUCGAAAACAUAACAGCAUGGUGGUGGGUCUGGUGAUGGUGAAUGGAGGACUGACCUUAGUAUCUGCUGCAGAAGAUGGGAAUGUUAGCAUAUGGGACACUGAGACAGGACAGGAAAUUCUUAGUCUAGCCAACAUUGAAAUGGGCAGCAUAAGUCAUUUGGUGGUGGCUAACACUGGUUUGGGCACUCAGGGGGUUAAUGACACAAAAAUGAGAAAAGGAGAUGACAAUGUUUUUGGAGAAGAAUAUGGUAGAUUUUCUGUAGAAGAGCUAAGCAGAUCACUGAAGGAGACGGUAAACUUGGAAGAUGUCUUGAAGUUGGCAGAAAGAGACAGGAGCAGAGCCAUUGACAUGCUCGAGUCUUCAAUUGCAAUGUAUGAAAGGCUCUUGGAGCUCAUCCUCAAAGAAGCCAAAAGAGGUGGUAGCAGCUGCUGAAAAAGAAAGGAAUAUGUUAUAAACUUCUCUAAGCGAU